UACAGUUGACCGAAAUUUCGUUUCCUCGAGAUGUUUUCAGUAGUCAAAUUUAAAAUUGACAGUAGUGUUCAAGUAGUUCCUUCAUCCUGGCUGUCAAUUGACAAAGGUCAAUGUAAAUGGCCACCAGGUCCUUGCAAGGACAUAAGUGCACAUAUCCGGGCUGUGAAAAAACCGGGUGAAGAUUGGCCUUUAUUUGAUAUACGGAUCUUUAAAUCAACUAAUAAUUACCUGGAAGCCAAAAAUUUGGAAAAACAGGCCACCACGUCAUCGGACCUUGACACAACUGACGCUGAAGACGACCAACUUUUUGGAAAGGGUACGGGUCUGGAAGCUUCCAGGAAAAGACAACGACGACCGUCAUCGUCAUCUGAAGAGGAAGAAGGCAGCCAUUCUCAACUAAGUAUCUCAACUAAUUCGAUAAAUAUUAGGGAAGAAGAUUUACUAGAAUUUGACGGAAGUAAAUACCAACUUGUCGUUGUCAAUGACUCAGCAGGGUUAAAUUCGCCAGCAUCACAAGGUCAAAUAGGUGCACAUCAGUUAGCCGCAGGGUCAGAAAAUCAUCAUUGGUCAUCCCCCCCUCUCUCACAAGAAGAUGUCCCGCCUCCUGUGAGAACUCAGGCCGGAAAUGCAGAAAUCGCUGCCACCCGUCUUCGUGGAGUGACGUUGGAGGAUAUUUAUCUACGUCAAGUUGCACUGGAGCGAAUGGUCGCGAAUGGAAUCUCAGAUAUUCGUCAAGAUAUUCGUACUCUGCUACUCCGGACUGCUGACACUAAUUCAUCUGAAGAAAAUAUUGUCGUUCUCCCCGUGAACCUCCCCCUAGAAAGUGAAUCUGAUGUUUUAGUUCUGGAGGAUUGGCUAAAGGACAAAGAUAAUUGCUCGAAGCUCGUAGAAAUUUUCAAGAAAAAUGGAGGAAAAUCAGCACUGAAAGUUGUUACCGGAAUUUUAGCAAGUACCCUCAGUAAAAGCUUAGCAGAAAAAAUUAAUUAUGUUGGCGCUAAUGGAAAAACAGCAUUUAACAGUUUAAAAUUGAAUCGUCUGGUUAUUGAUGCCACUCUGGCCAGUGAAUUUGGGAAAAAAUUGACAAUAUCGGACAUCGUGGGAAUUAUCCAGCGCUGGUUAGGAAACGCAAGAGAUUUGGAUGGUGGCAGAACUUCCAGAAAAACAAAAAAUGUCGUCGUACCGAACGAAGAGGAGGAGGGUUAACGAAGAAGCAAAUAUAUUACUUCAAGAA